GUAGUAGAGUAAUAUUGUAUUGUAUUGAAUUGUAUUGUAUUGUGUACUAUAUGCCCUUAUUCGCUUGCACAUCGGGCAUAAUGUGUUGCUUUGUAUAACAAUGUAGCUUUCAAUGCUCUCAACCAGUAGAUAUUUUGCAUUGAUAUCAAUAAGUUGUAUCAAUUCAAAUGGAAUUUAUAAAAAUUCUAUUUAAUAUUGCAUUCACAGUGCUGCCGUUGCUACUACUACUGCUGCUACAACAAAUACCAGCAGCGAGGAGCACAAUAACGCAACGAUCUACUACUGAAAAUAAAUUUCAAAAUGCCGAAACAUCGACGAUCGCAACAAAAAUUUCACAAACAACAACAAAAACAACAGCAACACCAACAAUAAUAACAACAACAACAACAACUACAAUAAAUAAUAAAAACAAAAACAAUAUAACGACAACAACAACAACAAGAGCACUGCGUAAACAAGAGCAAAUAAUAGAUAAUUCUAUAGAUUUCGCAGUUGAUCCAUGCGAUGAUUUCUAUCAGUACGCCUGCGGUGAAUGGAAGCAACAAUUGUACGAGUAUAAUGAUGAAGAUACUGAUGCUGAAGACAAAAGUACUGAACGUGUGUUUGGAGCUAAUGAAGCUGAACAAAGUGUAAAUGAUGAUGCUGAUGCAGAAAGUGAUAAAUAUGAUCGCACUUUAGCUAUGAUCGAUUAUUUGGCAGACAAAGAGGUGCUAAGAUAUUUUAAUGUGAGAAAUAUGACAAAGAAUUUAAAUACAACAACAACAUCAACUGCGGGAUCACAAACAACAACAACAAAAGAGCCGGAUUUUAUAAUAAAAGUGUAUAAAUAUUAUAAAUCAUGUAUUGCCAUACAACAGUAUGAACCUAUUAAGUAUUUGGAAUGGUUGGAGUUGAAUGAACACGUUAAAUGGCCUUCAUUGAUAAACACAACAACAGCAAACAGCAAAGAACACGAUGCCCAUAAACAUGAUCAUGCAGCUGUGGCAGAGGUUGCGGGCGAAGAAGUAGAUGAAAUUAUAAUGGACGACGACGAUGAUGAUGAUGCUGUUGAUGCUGAUGAUGAAGCCGAAGAAAGUGAAAGUGGUGAUGAUGACAAUAACGAGGAGCCUGCUCAGGACUACGACUCCAGUUGGAUUACUACGCUGGCUAUUUUACGCAAAUAUGGUAUGAAUGGCAUCUUCAUAGAGGAAGUCAUUUACAACACCAAAAGCCUGCCCUCCAAAAUGUUUUUGGGUUUCAAUAAACCCAUUAAACAGGGUGGCUUUAAAAGUUUGAAAAGUGAUCAUCUGAAAAUUGUAUUAAACAAUUUGAAAUUGCAGUUCUCAGAAGACUCUUUCAAAAAACUAUGGCUGCAGGUGACAAAAUUUGAAUGGGAAUUAACCAAACUCAAUGAUCUGGGCGAUGAGCUGGGCACCGUUAUCAUACCAAUUUCACAUUUGCCCGUGUCCUGGUUAGUAGACUAUUUAAGAGUAAUAUUGCAGCAAACCAAACCACUGGACUCAAGUAUGCGCAUUGUUUUAACAAAUGCUGGCUAUUUUAUGGCUUUGAAUGAAUUGCUCAAUGAAUACGAGAAUAAUUUUCUAAAUCAAUAUUUACAAAUACGUUUUCUCUGGCAUUUGUAUCAGCAAGAGCCGCAAACAUUUCAACCUCUUGAUUGUAUACUGCACAUAAAGCAUUAUAUGCCCCUGGCCUUUGAAUGGAUAUUUGAGCAACAAAAUCAGCAUUUACAUGAAGAAAUACCCAAGAUACAGGACUUGUAUAGCAAUCUGAGGCGCCAGUUUAAUCUCACUUUAUAUACAAAUAAGAAUAAUUUUGAUUCGGCCACCUUGGAUCACUUUGUGAAAAAGUUGGAAUCUAUACAGUUAAAUGUGGGCUCAUUUGUGGACAUUGAUCGUUCAAAGUUUUUCUAUGAAAAUCGUAAGUUCUACUCCCAUCUAAUAUUGUCAUCGAGAGAGUUUUUCUCUAACCAUUUGAAAAUGUUGAAAUUCAAUUUUAAUUCCUUGCACUUUGGCAUGCGCACUGUAAACACCUAUUCGCACUACUACGACAUGCAGGAAUACAAUCGGGGUCUAACAUCAGCUCCCCAUUUCAAUAAACGUCUUAAUAUUCUACAUAUACCGCUGUCUCUACUACAACCACCCCUAUAUCACAAGGAUUUCACGGACAUUUACAAGUACAGCUCCAUGGGUUUCAUUUUAGCCCAAACCCUAAUGUAUAGCUUCAAUUUAAAUGGCCUGGCUGCAGCUGAACACCCCAAGCUAUUUAAGCAUUUAAAAUGUCUGGGCUCCUGGGACUCUGCAGAAGUCAAUGAUAAAAUAGCCGAUGUCAGUGGCUUUCGUUUGGCCUAUCACAGCUUCUUUCAGGCGCAUGCCAAUACCUUAGUAUCGAAUCGUAAGAAAUUUUUCCUCAACUUUGCCCAAUCAUUUUGUGGUGCCUCACGCUCCUCAGAUGAUGAUCUGGGCCGGAGUCCUGUCAACUAUGCUUUGGCUCAGUUUUCCGAGUUUGCCAAAACCUUUGAGUGUUCACCUGAUAGUCAUAUGCAUCCACAUGAAAAGUGUUAUUUAUGGGAUUAAUUAUAAUAAUGAAAUAACAAAAAAAAACAACUAAAUUUAAGUAUUAAUAUUAAAUAUUUUAGCUGUUAUUUAUAAUAAAAUUUUUAUUUUAUUAAAGGUUUACAAACUAAAAUUUCCAUAGAAAAUUUCUUUCAAAAAUCCUUUAAUAAAAUAUAAAUUUCAUCAAGAAUAAGAGAAUUUAUUUGUAAUUUAUUUUAGUAUUUUAAUUAUUUUUUAUACAAACAAACACACAAAUAAUCUGUUUUAAAUAAAAGUUUAAGUUAAUUUAAAAGGAGACAACCUUAAAAAUCCCCACAAAAGCCAAGAAAA